UCAUCACUGUCAAUUUCCCCCAUCCUGCAAACCAGCAUAAACAAACAAUCCCAAUCCUUCCUCUCUCUCUCUCGCUUUACCUCCAAUCUCCCAUCUCCUGCCUCUCUCGGACCACCACCUUCACCAGCCAUGGGCCGCGUGCGCACCAAGACAGUAAAGAAGUCCUCUCGGCUGGUGAUCGAGCGUUAUUACUCCCGCAUGACCUUGGACUUCCAUACAAACAAGAAAAUACUGGAAGAGGUUGCCAUUAUCCCCUCCAAGCGCCUGCGCAACAAGAUCGCCGGCUUCUCCACCCAUCUCAUGAAGCGCAUCCAGAGGGGCCCAGUUCGCGGCAUCUCCCUCAAACUCCAGGAGGAGGAGAGAGAGAGGCGCAUGGACUUUGUGCCAGAUGAGUCGGCCAUUAAAACCGAUGUUAUUGAGGUCGACAAGGAGACUAUGGACAUGCUUGCCGCUCUUGGGAUGCCUGAUCUGCCUGGUGUGGUGAAGCAGUCUGAGCCUGCCCUGUCUGCCCCCUAUGCCAAGCCCGUUGGUGCAGGUGGAUUUGGUGGUGGUCGCAGGUACUAGGGAUUCGAAUUGUAGUCAUAUUGAGGGAUUUUGCUAAGUUUAAAGUUUGGAGCGUAUUUGAUGGAGAUAGAUUACAUGUGGAUUUGGAUUGGACUUGAGAUGCCGUAUGCUAAAUGUUACGUUUUUUAAUGUAAUUUACACUUUUGGGGGGAUGAGGGGGACUAAGGGCUUUGUUGAUGAUGGAGGGUUUGGACUUACUUCGUUACUUAUGAAAAGUUUGUUUGACUCAAGAAUUGUGGGUUAUCUGUGAGAAGUUUGUUUUGAACUCCAGAAUUUUGAAAGUAUUACAUUAUGAACCUAGAUUUCUUUAGUUAGUUUAAAGUGUUACAUAAUUAAGCUA